CCUCCAGUCAUCGAGCCACGAAGGCUCUCCUCUUGUGGGAGAGAUCAGCAGACGCAAACCAAAACCUCGCCUCGCACCCCUGGUGAUCUCCAAUGAACAGUUCGGCCGGGGGCGGUUGCCGAAUCCCCCGGGUCGGCAUGCUGAAUCCAACCAGGAGAAUCGCUCACAAGGGACGGACUCUCACGCUCUGGGAAUGGGGGGACGUAGCAACUCAGUUCCCGCAUAUUUGCACUCUGUCCCGUUUGUCUGGAGGUGCCUCUGAACUCGCUGCAGCUCUCCACGCUGAGAUCCUCAGGUUUGGAGACUUCGCAAAGUUGAGCGACAUUUUGCUUCGAAUGCAGAAAAUAGCGUUGGAAUUGGAAGAAGAUGCUCGAACACUUGCCAGCGCAAGCGUCUUCCACAACCUCAUGGCUCUUCUGAACAAUGUACGACGUGUAGAUCACAAUGGCCGCACAAUCAUCUUAGUGACUCUUGGAGCCUUAGCACAUGACACUGCUAGCGCAAAUUUAAUGACACGAUUUGGUGUCACGCAAAAGGUCAUAGAACUCCUCACCAACUCGCAGUCUGAUGAUAUAGGUGGAGCAGCUUGGUGCCUUUCUCGCAUUUGCAGAAGUAAUGAGUUGGCGGACAACAUCCUAAUCAAGCCGAACCUCAUCGAGUCCAUCGUGAAAAAAGGCCUACUGAGUGACGUGCCUCGCACCUCCCGUCUCUCUGCUUGGCUACUUGGUGGCCUUGUUCGCACAGACGCGCAUGCAGAUGCAAUGGCAGCAAGUGGUCUUAUCCAAAUUAGCGUUGACAAUCUCGUCCGCAAGACCUCAUCGCCAAAUAUCGUUCCGGAGGACAUCUGUGCAGCGACAUAUCUGGUGGCUCGCCUGUCGCGAUCCAUCAAACUCUCAAAGUUGCUAGCGAGGGCGGGAUGUGUCAGGCAACUGGCGAAUUCUCUUCAGACUUCUGUUGAUCCUGACGUGUUGAACUGGAGUGCACGGGCCAUAGGUUGCCUUAUGCGUCCCAAUAGCCUCGAUUUGGCUAAUAUACUUCUGGAGGCUGGGUCAGCAGAGGGGCUUGCUCGCCUACCACGAGUCUUGCCAGACGACGAAGUUGAGCCGUUAGUGUCGUUUGCGUUCACCAUCCAGCGAUUUGUUUGUGCGGAAUGGGGGGGAGGCACACGCAAGAUCCUUGUUGAGGCGGGUGUAAUAGAUUCCCUUCUUUCUGCCUUGAGGAGCGCGUCGGACGUACCAGCACCCCAUGUACACAUUGAGCUUGUGCGUGCGAUCUCGUUUUUAUGUGACAUUGGAGGUGGGGAGGUCAGAAAAGAGAUUGUCAGGGCAGGUGGAGUGGAAAUUCUGCGGGAAGUGGCGGAAAGCGCGCAACCAGAGGUUGCGAAGGUAUGCGAUAUCGCCGUGACUUCCGUCACUGGCAAAAUAUGGUCUCGUCAUGUUGGUGGGUGACAUGUGAUUGAUGACUAGGUUCGAUCUGUAUCUGACAUACAUUCCU